UUUUCUCCGUCGAAGGAGAAGGGUAGAACGCCAUUUCCCAUCCGUUCGAAGGUCCUCUCUCCCUCCGCCUCUCUCGUCUUUCUACAGCUCGGCAACCGGGAGCCGCCGCCGCCGCCGCCGCCUCGCCGCGGCGAGCUCGCCGAUCGGCCGGCCGUUCGAAACCAAGGUAGAAUUUGUCCCCGCGGGAGCGCUUAGGAUUUGGAGAGCGCCCCGGGAGCUCUCGUGCUGAAUGAUCUUGUUCAGGCGCGCGGUGAUUUCCGCCAUGAACGCCGUUUGCUUCCAGAGGAAUUUCUGUGCUGCAUUGUCGCCGCUGGUCCCGGUACCACUUCCCUCGCGCAUGGAGGCGCAUCUCUGGUAUGUUGUGCCCAAUGAAGUGAAAAGCUCAUCCCUUUUAAGUAAUUAUUUAGAUAUUUUAUCACCAUGCGAGAAGGAGAAUGUUUCCCGCAUGCGGGGGGAGCAGCUCCAAAAGGCAGCUUUGCUGGCCCGUGUCCUUGUUCGAACUACCAUUGCAAGAUAUCAGAUUAAUGGCCAAGUUAAUCCAAGAUCCUUGAAGUUUAAGAAGAACAUCCAUGGAAAACCCGAGUUGGACUGGGAUGAGGAUCAAUUCCAGUGUGCAUCACGGCUACAAUUUAACAUCUCGCAUACUUCUUCUCUUAUACUUUGCGGAGUGACUGUAGAUUCACCGAUUGGUGUUGAUCUUGAAGAAAAGCAAAGGAAAUUGAAGAACAAUAUUUUAGCCUUUGCUAGGAGGUACUUCACUCCGCUUGAAGUGAAAUUUUUGAGUUCAAUUUCAGACCCUGGAGUUCAGCAUCAGCAUUUUGUGAAAUUAUGGACUCUAAAGGAAUCUUAUGUUAAAGCACUGGGAAGAGGCUUCUCUGGACUACCUUUCAGAAUGUUUACCAUACAGUUCAGCACUGCCGAGAAGGGAGACUCUUGUCCAUCUGGUGAAAAAAAUAACGUGGGUGAGAUAACUGUGAAAUCUCUCGAGGACGCUAAUAGCUUCGGCAGCAAUUGGCAGUUUGCUCUGCUGGAAUUAGCAGGCUCUCACUACGCUGCCAUCUGCAUGGAAAAGGAUGAAGCUGUUGAAGGCGAAGUGCCUACUCCAAUGAAGUUAACCGUGAGGAAAACAGUACCGUAUGUGCGAGAUGAACUUAUUUCUGGACCCGAUGCCGUUGUAAUUAGUGGCUUGACUUGAGGACAGAUUAUUUGUCCAUUUGGGUAACGUUUAUUGCUAGUAUUGCUAUGCUAUAAUAGUUGACAGCAAGAAUCUCACUA